AUGUGCCCAGCGUCUUUCCCUCCGCCAGAAGGGAUGUCCUCUUUUUGGAGGACCGAACCGGGCAAUCUUGAUAAUCAUCGGUCAACUGCGGAGCUCCCACCAUGGGUAGACAUCGCCAUCAUUGGUGCAGGAUACUCUGCAGCAUCAAUCCUCACGCAUAUCCUGGAAACAACUUCACCUGAGGACAGGCCCUCAAUUCUUGUUCUGGAAGCCCGGCAACUGUGCUCGGGUGCAACUGGACGGAAUGGUGGUCACCUGAAGCCAGACUCAUAUAACGCGAUUGCUGGGUACGCGUCGGAGUAUGGGAUAGAAGCCGCCGCAGAAGUUGCGUCAUUUGAAGCCGCAAAUGUUGGAGCUGUUACUGAAUACAUCCAACAAAACAAAGUUGAUUGCGACUUUGUGCUCACGAGGGCAGUUGAUGUACAGCUCUCCACUGGCCAUCAACGUCGUAUCAAGGAGGGUUAUGAUAAGCUUAUUGCUGCUGGCCUCGAAACGACCAACAAUACGUUCAGCGUUGAGGGGAAGGAUGCGGAAAUGAUGUCUGGUGUCAAGGGCGCAAAGGGGUGCUUUACCUACACGGCAGGACAUCUUUGGCCUUACAAGCUUAUCCAUCACAUGUUUUCAGGAGCCAUCAAACAAGGAAUCAACUUGCAAACUAAUACGCCAGUUACUUCUGUCUCCGAUACUCAGGAUGCUACAGGUCAUUGGACUUUACGUACCAGCAGGGGUGAAGUCAGAGCGCGAAAGGUCGUAUUCGUAACCAAUGCCUACACAGGUUCUCUUCUUCCCGAAUACAAAGACAAGAUCAUUCCGUACCGCGCUGUAUGUAGCCGGAUCAAAACCCCGGGGUCACAUCCUCUUCUCAACAAUACCUACGCUCUUCGAUUCUCAGACUGGAACUUUGACUACCUGAUCCCUCGACUAGAUGGGAGUAUCAUUGUCGGUGGAGCUCGAGAUGCGUAUAUCAGGUCUGUUGACUCAUGGUAUGGGAAUGUUGAUGACACGCAAGUCAUUGACGAAGUGCGAUCAUACUUUGAUGGUUACAUGCAGAGACACUUCCAUGGAUGGGAGGACACCGGGGCAUAUGUCGAUGAUAUAUGGACUGGAAUCAUGGGAUACUCUUCCGAUAGGCUCCCCCGAGUCGGACCUAUACCUGGUCGUCCAGGCAUGUUUAUCAUGGGAGGCUUCACUGGCCAUGGUAUGCCGCAAAUCUACUUGUGUGGGCAAGCGAUGGCAAAGUUUCUCCUUAAUAAUGCUUCUUUCAAGGAAACCGGGUUGCCUCGAUUAUUUGAAGAAACGCAGGCCCGAUUAGCAGACCCGAGAGACAGAGUACUGGAGUUACCACAACGUCCCGUUUCACGAGCCGACUUUCCGCUUGCCAUCAUCUGCGCCCUUUCCCUCGAAGCCGAUGCGAUAGAGGCGCUAUUUGAUGAGUACUGGGACUGCCAUGCGUACAGCAAAGCCCCCGGCGACCCCAAUUCCUACUCGACUGGGCGCAUCGGUCAUCAUAAUGUCGUACUCGCCUACAUGCCCGAAGCAGGAAAGGCCAACGGAGCCGCUGUCGCGACCAACUGUCGCGUCAGCUUCCCCCGUGUCAAACUAGCCAUCGUCGUCGGGGUCUGUGGAGUCAUCCCUUUCACCCCUGGACCCCGGGAUGCACACCAUGAGAUCAUAUUGGGUGAUGUCAUUGUCAGCCAAAGCGUUGUCCAGUACGAUUUGAGACGACAAUACCCCGCCACUUUUGAGUACAAAGAUACCAAUGAGGAGGCUCUUGGGAGACCCAACGUUGAGAUCCGCUCCCUGCUAUCGAAGCUGAAGAGCCUCCGAUCGCGAAGAGCAUUUGAGUCCGACAUGAGAAAGUUUCUCUCAAUCCUGCAAGAAGAUAGAGAACUAUCAGCCCAUUACCCCGAACCAGGGACAGAUCGCCUAUUCGAGGCUACCUACCGACAUGUGGACAACGACGUGCCAUGUGACAAGUGCGGCUGCGACGGAAAGCUUGUCCCGCGACAGCGGCUCAGACAGGGAGUACCAGAACCCAGAGUGCAUUUUGGAAGGAUCGCGUCUGGCGACACCGUCAUGAAGUCUGGAGAGGAGCGCGACGACAUCGCAAGAAAGCUUGGCGUCAUUGCCUUUGAGAUGGAGAGUGCUGGUGUUUGGGACAGUCUACCAUGCUUGGUUGUCAAGGGCGCGUGCGAUUAUGCUGACAGCCACAAAGCUAAGGCUACCCAGAAAUACGCUGCAGCGACUGCCGCUGCUUGUACCAAAGCUAUACUGCGCCAUUGGGUAGUUUCUACCCCUCCUGGGUCGACAGUCUUGGUCCCUUUCCCGCCCAACGACGACUUUGUUGGCCGACAGGACAUUAUUGGCAACUUGCGUCAACAACUAAGUCCUGAGAAGUCUCACGCUGUCGCAGCCGUCUUUGGCUUAGGAGGAGUAGGAAAAACACAGAUUGCUCUGGCUUAUGUACACGAGCUUCACGCACAGAGUCCAGAACUGUCAAUCUUUUGGGUUUAUGCGAACAAUGAAGAGCGCAUGCGGCAAGCAUAUGCCAAUAUUAUGCAGCAGCUCAAGAUUCCCUGCGGCGGAGAAAAGUCGGAUGUUCUUGAGCGGGUAAAACAAUGGCUAGAAGCCCAGCAUCACAAGCCGUGGCUUAUGGUCAUCGACAACGUCGAUGAACUGGAUCUCUUCUAUGGAACUGGUGGUCUCAGCCGAUAUUUUCCAACCUGUGCUCAUGGCAAGUUACUUAUCACCACAAGAAAUCGGCAAGUAGCUGUACGGGCUACCAAAGGCCGGGGCUUCAUCGAGGUAUCACGUAUGACCGACAGUGAAGCACGGGAACUUCUUGGUGCACACCUUGGAUGCUUGGAAUCUGAUAUUGCCGAUCUAUCGACAUUGGCUCUGAAGCUUGAGUACCUUCCUCUGAUACUGGUGCAAGCCGCUGCAUUCAUACAAGAGAAUAGCAUCUCGGUCAGAGAGUACUUAGCCCUUCUCAAAAACGACAAGAAUAUGGUAGAAUUGCUCAACGAAGACUUUGAAACAAGCGGAAAGGAUCCGGACUCACUGCGAGCCGUUGCCAGAACUUGGAUGAUUUCAUUCCGACAAAUACGACACCAGAACAAACUAGCUGGCGAAUUACUGUCUUUGGUAUCUACUUUUCACCAUCAGCAUAUCUCAGGGAACCUCUUGGUCGAUUACGUAUCGUGCGUUUACGACCGAGAAAGUUCUUUAGAACUCGUCAAGGCCAUUGGAGUUCUAAAGGCUUUCUCUAUUGUGUCCGCGGCAAAAGAUAACGGCAUUUCUAUGCAUCGUCUGAUACAACUGGUGAUGCGCAGAUGGCUGUUCCAGGAAGGCAUCGUGGAAAACUUCUUGCAGAAUGCAAUGAUGUUAAUGCACAGAAACUAUGAGGAAAUUGUCGAUCGACAAUCACGUUCGAUGCGAGAAUCUGACUAUACUUAUGAGCAACCUCAAGGCGGCAGCUGCUAUAUGGAAAUGGAUUUUACCUCCUGGCACCAGUGA